GCGCUUCUCGUCUCGCCGGGGCCGCGCGGAGUCCCCGGCCUCUCGCCGGACUCGGGCUUCGGCUGGGGCCCCAGAGUGGCCGGGAGGGAAGGCCCUGCCUGGGUCACAACGAGCCCAUUCACCUCGGCCCGCAUCUCCCCUCGCGCCCCAAACGCUGCAGUUCGGCGGGCGCGGCCUCCACUUGGGUCGGGGCGAGGUGCCUCCCCCCGUCCCUGCAGGUCCCUGGGCUUCCCGGGGCCGCUCUGAUGGGGAGGCGAAUGGAGCCCACUGUGUGAAGCCGAAGGUGGUCGUGGGGAGGGGGGUCGCGUCCACACGUCAGGCCCGGAGGGAGUCCUGGUCGAUGCCCCUUUAUACCACCUGUGUGACCCGGGCGGGCCACGGAACCCUCCUGGGCCUCGCUGUGAGCAUCUGUAAAUAGGGAUGAUUCGUAGGACCUGCUUCCUCGGACUGCUGGAAGGACCGAAGUGGGCAUCUGACCUCUCACCUGUGCUGUUAAUAGUCCGGGUGGGUCUGUACUCUGGAGGCGCCUGGCACUGUUUCGGUCUCCGGAGUCUGCAGCCUGUGAAACAGGGCUCAGCCCUCCAGCUGCUGAUUAUAUACGAAAGAUACAUGUGCACAAACCAGGAUGUCGAAAACUGGAGCAGCGCUGCUGGAUUUGAAAAAAGCAAUCAGUGUUUGGUGCGUGGCAUUGGUUGAGAUCGCCCAGGCAGUUUCCUCCUGAAGCACGUUCAGACUUGAAGGUUGUCGGAGCACUUAGAACUUGGCUUGUGCGAUGGAUGCCGGAGUUGGUUUGGUAUUCCUUUAGAAUAUGUAAGAGCUAAGAUAAAAUCCAGACGUUUAGAAUAGCCCCUAAUAUUUUGGCCGCAUUUACUGAAUACAGACAUUGAAGCUUGGGACAAGAUAUUUAUCUAAUUUCUGUGGCUAAAUUAAAGACCUGCCAUGACGUCGAAGAAAGAGACUGAAAUUGUCAUUUUCACCUAAAGAAAAAUGAUAGACAAAAACCAAACCUGUGGUACGGGACAGGAUUCCAUGCCCUACAUGACUUGUCUGAUCCACGUACUUGAAGAAUGGUUUGGUGUGGAGCAAUUGGAGGACUACUGGAAUUUUGCAAACUAUCUCUUGUGGGUUUUUACACCACUCAUACUUUUAAUACUUCCUUACUUUACUAUCUUUCUUCUCUACCUUACUAUUAUUUUCUUACACAUUUAUAAGAAGAAGAAUGUAUUAAAAGAAGCUUACUCUCAUAAUUUAUGGGACGGUGCCAGGAAGACGGUGGCAACGCUGUGGGAUGGACACGCGGCCGUCUGGCACGGUUAUGAAGUUCAUGGGAUGGAAAAAAUACCAGAAGAAGGACCAGCACUGAUCAUUUUUUAUCAUGGAGCUAUUCCCAUCGAUUUUUACUACUUCAUGGCUAAAAUUUUUAUCCAUAAAGGCAGAACUUGCCGAGUAGUAGCUGAUCACUUUGUUUUUAAAAUUCCAGGGUUUAGUUUAUUACUUGAUGUAUUUUGUGCUAUACAUGGACCAAGAGAAAAAUGUGUUGAAAUUCUGCGGAGUGGUCACUUGUUAGCUAUCUCACCAGGUGGUGUUCGAGAAGCCCUGAUUAGCGAUGAGACCUACAACAUCGUGUGGGGUAAUCGUAAAGGCUUCGCUCAGGUUGCAAUUGAUGCAAAAGUGCCCAUUAUUCCUAUGUUUACACAAAAUAUUCGAGAAGGAUUUAGAUCCCUCGGCGGAACAAGGUUAUUUAGGUGGCUGUAUGAGAAGUUCCGCUAUCCGUUUGCUCCAAUGUACGGAGGUUUUCCAGUGAAGUUACGCACCUAUUUAGGUGACCCCAUUCCAUACGAUCCAAAGAUCACAGCAGAAGAACUAGCUGCAAGGACGAAGGAUGCUGUUCAAGCUUUGAUUGAUAAGCACCAAAGAAUACCCGGAAACGUUAUGAGUGCUUUGCUAGAACGUUUUCAUAACAAACAAAAGAUCAACUAGAAGACUCUUUAAUACAUUUAUAUUAAUAUGUUUGUGUCUGUAGGACUGUCUUCAAAAUUUUGUGGGUUCUAUAAUUAGUAUUUUUUUAAAAAUCAUGUUAAUAAGCAUCUUUCACUGAACUUGUUUAACAUUGUUUUGUCAAUUUUGUUUCUGCGAUCCAUUGUGUCAGAUUUAAACAAUAACUCAUUACAUGCCUAAUUAUUCAGAAAAUGAUCAUGGUUCUUUUUAUAAUUUCCUAAUAAUGUAUCAUAAACAUAGAUUCCUAAAGUUAAGUUUAUUAAUAACAGCAAUGGAGGUUAAACAAACAUUCCUAAAUAAUGCAUCUAGUUUCUGUAUCUCUUGCACUGAGCUAAUUUUGCAAGGUGGCAUAACCUAGGGUUUAGUACAGACACUUCAGUUAGGAAAAAAAAUGCUCUUUCCUCUGCCCCUCAUUCCUUUCAUGACCUUGGGCAAAUCACAUAAUGUUUUUAUGCCUCAACAAUUCAAUUUUUAAAAACAUGCUAAUAUUUUGGUGAGGAAUAUUGUUUUAAAUUCUUUAUAUUUGCUGUGAUUGAUAACUGCAGAACCAAAAUUAUAACUGAAUUGUUAAACAAUACCAAGAUCUUUUAGAAGUUUAUAUAUAUAUUUUGUCCAUAGGAUGUUUAAAUUAUUCCUUCAGGUAUGAUGUCAAGUUGCCAAGGACAAUGAAAAAGAUGUACUGUUUUUCAAAUUGAGUAAAAAGAAAUUAGGGAAAGUAAAAUUUCUAAUUAUUGUUAUUAUUCUUUCUAGUAUUAUAUUUUUAAUGAGACUCUGUAGACAAGCCAUACAGGGUGUGCUGUGCAUUGUCAGCCCUAUGAUAUGGCAUUUAAUAGUGUCAGGUUAGAAAUCACGGUUGUGCCCUGCAUCUCAUAUGUUAGAAGCUGAUUCUAGGCUGAUGAAAGCACAGAGAGAAAGCUCUGCUUUUGCUCAACAUCAUGGCUUAUUCAGCUUGACUUCGCAACCAGUCAGAUGGUUUAUUGUUUCAAUAAAAAUAUACUUGAAUAAUGAAUUUAUGUGAACAUAAGUCUUUCUGAAAACUUAAUGGCUUUCGAUUUGUUGUCUCCUUGAAAUCUGAAUUUAAAAGUAUUUAAACACAAUAGCACCAGAAGUCAAAUGCAGUAUGUCCCUCUCCCUUUUUAAGAUAUUAAAUUACUUGGAUUUUUGUAUAAAUUUUUGUAUAACAAGUAUGUAUGUAUGAUACGUGUAAUGUAUAUAAAAUUAAGCAACAUAAAAAUAAAAGUAAAGCUGAACUGAAGUUCAUAUUCUUGUGAGAUUACAUAUGUGACAUUUUCUUAUUUUAAACUGAUUUUUUUGUUUUACUAUUUAUGUAUUUCUCACCUACAGUCAUAUUCAUCAAUCUCAGCCACAAUGAAU